CGCAUGGGAUGGGCUGCGGCUUCCAUCGUUCCCAAAUGAUGGGGGUGCUUAAAGAGGGGAUGUCGACGUACAAGCGAGCCACGCUGGACGAGGAGGAGCUGGUGGACUCCAUGGAGGGGGAGGAGGUCUACCCCAACGGCGUCCAGGUGAAUUUCCGUGGGCCGGGGAGCAGCAAGAGCUGUUGGGCGGAGCGGACGCACAUCGAGAAACGCCUCCUGGGGCUGACGACGGCCCUGGCGCUGGGCCUCCUGGCCUGUGUCUGCAUCCUGUUCUUCCAGUACCGGACCCGCCCGUGCCUGACGGAGUCCUGCAUCUCGGUGACUAGUUCCAUCCUGAGCUCGCUGGACCGGACGGUGGACCCCUGCGAGGACUUCUUCAGCUACGCCUGCGGCGGCUGGAUCAAGGCCAACCCCAUCCCUGAUGGGCACUCCCGCUGGGGCACCUUUAACAAGCUCUGGGAGCAAAAUCAGGCCACCCUGAAGCACCUCCUAGAGAACACCACAGCCACCGUCUCCAGCGAGGCCGAACGCAAAGUGCAGCGCUAUUACCAGGCGUGCAUGAACGAAACCAAGAUUGAGGAGCUGAAGGCGGAGCCCUUGAUGAAGCAGAUCUGGAAGCUUGGCGGCUGGAACAUCAGUGGCCCCUGGAAGGAGGACGACUUCAACCAGACGCUGCUGGAGCUGGUCGCUCACCACCACGUCUCUCCGUUCUUCUCCAUCUACGUGAGCGCCGACUCGAAGAAUUCCAGCUGCAAUGUCAUCCAGCUUGACCAGUCCGGACUGGGGCUGCCGUCCAGAGAUUACUAUCUCAACAAAACGCAGAACGAGAAAGUGCUCACUGCGUACCUGGACUUCAUGGUCCAGCUGGCCAUUCUCGUUGGCGGGCAGGACGAGCCGGAGGUCCGGAGGCAGAUGCAACAGAUCCUGGACUUUGAAACGGCCCUGGCCAACGUCACCAUCCCCCAGGAGAAGCGGCGAGACGAGGAACUGAUCUACCACAAGAUGCCUGCCGGGGAGCUCAAGAGCCUUGCUCCAGCAGUCGACUGGAUGCCCCUGCUCAACGCCAUCUUCCACCCCGUCGAGAUCAACGAGUCCGAGCCGGUGGUGGUCUACGCCAAGGAAUACCUGGAACAAGUCUCCUCCCUCAUCCUUAGUACCGACAGGCAAGUCUUGCACAACCACAUGGUCUGGCAUCUGGUAAGGAAAGGGGCGGCGUUCCUGGACCAGCGCUUCCAAGACGCAGAUGAGAAGUUCCUGGAGAUCCUGUAUGGGUCCAAGAAGACCUGUUUGCCCCGCUGGAAGUACUGCAUCACCGACACAGACAACAACCUGGGCUUUGCUCUGGGGGCCAUGUUCGUGAAAGCCACCUUCGCUGAAGACAGCAAGACGAUUGCCGAGGAAAUGAUUUCGGAGAUCAAAAUGGCCUUCGAGGAGAGUUUGGCGAGCCUUCAGUGGAUGGAUGAGGAGACACGGUGGUCUGCCCGGGAGAAAGCAGACGCCAUCUAUGACAUGAUCGGCUACCCCAAGUUCAUCAUGGACCCCAAAGAGCUGGACAAAGUCUUCAAUGACUAUGACGCUGUGCCCGAUCUCUACUACGAGAACGUUAUGCAGUUCUUCAACUUCUCUGCCCAUGUGGCUGCCGACCAGCUCAGGAAACCACCCAGCCGCGACCAGUGGAGCAUGACCCCCCCAACGGUGAACGCUUAUUACUCCCCCACCAAAAAUGAGAUUGUCUUCCCAGCUGGGAUUCUGCAGGCUCCGUUCUACACCCGGAAUUCCCCCAAGGCUCUCAACUUUGGCGGGAUUGGCGUUGUGGUGGGGCACGAAUUGACUCAUGCAUUUGAUGAUCAAGGCCGGGAGUACGACAAAGACGGGAACCUCCGGUCCUGGUGGAAGAACUCCUCCGUGGAGGCCUUCAAGCAGCAGACGGAGUGUAUGGUGGAACAGUACGGCAACUACACGGUCAACGGCGAAGCCGUGAACGGCAAGCACACACUGGGGGAGAACAUCGCUGACAACGGGGGUCUCAAAGCGGCCUACCGGGCCUAUCAGAACUGGGUGAAGAAAUACGGGGCAGAGGAGACGCUGCCCGCGCUGGGCCUCACCAACUACCAGCUGUUCUUCGUCGGGUUUGCCCAGGUCUGGUGUUCGGUCCGCACCCCGGAGAGCUCGCACGAAGGGCUGGUCACCGAUUCUCACAGCCCAUCCCGCUUCCGGGUCACUGGCACCAUCUCCAAUUCCAAGGAGUUUUCGCAGCACUUCCAGUGCCGGCCCGGCACCCGUAUGAACCCGCUACGGAAGUGUGAGGUCUGGUAAUUCCUUUUUCUCAGCGCAGGGAGAAAAGGAAAACUGACAGAUAACCAACCCCAAGACAGUCUUGCUUUAUCCUUCCUCCAUUUCAAAGCAGCAAAUUGCAACCCGCGGGAUCUUACCUUGCAAGGAGUCGUCUUUAUCCAGCUGGAAAGAAUCUCCGCCUCUUGCUCCAAAGCGCCAGCCUGAAUCGAUCCACUGUGAAAAAUCCUCGUUAAUUCACUCUUGAACUGCCAAGGUGUUUUUUUUAUUUCUAACUCACCUUGCUCGGGAGUGCUUUGACACAGGCACGUGCGCCUGUUCUGAAAUGUACUGACUGAUAUUCACACUCUUUCUUCAUGCAGGGAAAAAUGGGCUCUUGACCUAGCAGAGGCCUGAAAGCUCUUCUGUCGUUACUUUUUAAAGGGAGAACCACCAAGAAAGGAAAACCUAUUUUGGUCACAUCACCAUAGAGACACACACACGCACACAUGUGUUUAUGUCUAAACACGCCUACGACAAAACAUGUUACGUAUUCUGAGGGGAAAUUGUUUUUUAAAUCUUGCAGAACACUGGAAAUUUCAGGGAAAAAUAUAUUGAAGGGUUUUUUUUAUAUAUAUAUAUAUAUAAAGUGAACAGAUUGGUAUAUUUAUUACUCCUUGUGUGGUGCAACUAUAUAGGUAAAAAGCUUUUUGCUUAAGUGAAAGAGACAGGACGCAAAGGUCUAUCACGUAUCCGCUCAUCUCUUUCUCUCUCUUUUUACUUUCUAAAGAAAAGGCCCUCAGGCUCUUGGGGCAUUUUUCCUUCAUAGGGAAGGUGUGUUGGUGGGCAGAUUCUCCAUCUGGGGCUCAACCAUCCUAACCUCUUCGUCCCUAUUGUCGCCUCUGCCCACUGCAGUCUCAAAGCUUGGCUGCGCUCUUCUAGCCCUGUGUAACAGGUAAGCGUUUCUAAAAAUGCCACUCCGGUCAGCCUCCUGCUUCGGGAAGCGUCCCGGCAUCAUUGGCACCUGCGUCACAUACUGUGACCGCCGACUCGCCUUCGGAACACUUCGCCUGGGUGUCUUGCCGUGUCGGUCGCCUCUCGUGCCAAGAAGUUGGGCCACUUGGCAACGAAAUCAGAAGCACCCCUCAGAAGCAUGAGUGGUGACGCUGCUGCUAACUGGAUGUCCCACUGCACGGACCCGGGAGCGGUUCCCUUCUACAAGAGAGGGUAACAGCACGCCACACGAGUCCCUCAACGGAGCUGUUUCCCACUUCCGUAGAAGGAUGCCCUUCUCAUGUUGUUGGUUCCAGUGCCGCGAAAGAGAAAGUGGCUCCUCCCUACAGUGUCUCUGGAGGUCUUGUGGAAGUACAUCUGGCUCCUUUAAGUCUUUGCUCAGCCAGGAAAUGCCCUUUGCACUGUCGGGAGCUCUUUCAUUCAAGCACGCCCUAAUGUGACAAUGCUGGGUAGGCCCACCUACCAGCGGAAGUUCUCUUUAGUGGCCUUAAGAAUUUUAGGUUAGUAAGUUUUAGGGACGGGUUCAAAAAUGCAGGCUGUUGCCCCUGCUAACUUGACUCCAAACUCUUGCAGGUGUCUAACUCUCCUCCUGCCUUGUCGGGGCAGUCUGCCGUUGUGGGCUCUUGGAUGCCUGAAAGCUCCUUCUUCAAAGGCACAAACAUGGAACUUGCAGCUGUUGACAGGCAAAGAAGACUGUCUGCUCUUUGACGAAGCCGUUUGAAUUAUGAUGAAAUAUGGGAUUCCUUGGAUUUGUGGCAGGCUCUUUUCCAACUCCCAUGCAGCACUGUGGGGCCAGGAUCUGCUGUGAUUCCAGCUGCGGGCUGAACUCCGCGUGUAUGGUUGCGUUUGGCAGGAAGGACAGAUCCGUUGUACCUUUUCGCUUAAUCUUCUUUCCUAGGCAGGCUUUUACAGUUUGAAUUAAAAGAGGAGCAGGAGGGCAGAGUUGCGAUGUGAGGUGGGUGCUACCCAGACCUCUCUCAGUCCGCUAGAAGCGAGGGACCAUCAUUCCAAAGAAUUAGCUCUGUGCGUGUGCAAUUUAGUGAUUUCUCAUCAGAACAUAAGAAAAGCCCGGCUGGAUCAGACCUAGGAUCCAUCUAGUCCAGCUCUCUGUUCCCACAGUGGCCAAGCAGCUGUUGACCAGGGACCCAUAAACAGGACACAGUGCAACAGCAACCUCCCACCCAUGUUCCCCAGCAACUGGUGCAUACAGGCUCCAGAGGAGGGCAACCAGGAUGAUCAGGGGUCUGGAAACAAAGCCCUGUGAAGAGAGACUGAAAGAACUGGGCAUGUUUAGCCUGGACAAGAGAAGAUUCAGGGGAGACAUGAUAGCACUCUUCAAAUACUUAAAAGGUUGUCACACAGAGGAGGGCCAGGAUCUCUUCUUGAUCCUCCCAGAGUGCAGGACACGGAAUAAUGGGCUCAAGUCACAGGAAGCCAGAUUCUGGCUGGACAGUAGGAAAAACUUCCUGACUGUUAGAGCAGUGCGACAAUGGAAUCAGUUACCUAGGGAGGUGGUGGGCUUUCCUGCACUGGAGGCCUUCAAGAGGCAGCUGGACAACCACCUGUCAGGUGUGCUUAAAGGUGGGUUCCUGCAUUGAGCAGGGGGUUGGACUCGAUGGCCUUGUGGACCCCUUCCAACUCUACUAUUCAAUGAUUCGCUCUCCUGCUCUUGCAGUGAGGUCACUUUCUUGCUGUAUACAGUCCAUCUUAUGUCUGUGCCUUUUCUUUAGUCGGCUUCCCUUCAUGUAGGCUGGGAGAAACGGAUCUGUUCACAUGCUGUGUAUUGAACUCAAAGGGUUGUGGAGCAUUUCCGUGCUCCUGUGGAAGCAGCCUCCUGCUCAUUCAGCGCCACUACUCCAGUUGGACCGGAGUGCAGACGGAAAGCCGCUGCACGUCUGGAUUCUUGGGCACAGUGGGCUUUGUUUGAACUGCAAUAUUCUCCCCACAGUUUUCCUCAGUCUUGAGACAGCCUUGCAGACUUUGAGUGGGAGCUACAUCUGAACUCUGAUGCCAAAAAUAAUGAGUGGAGGAGGGCAGGCAAGAGAUGAGUGUGAGCUCGUUGCUUUUGGGGAGAUGUGUGACUCAAAUCCUUCCAGUGCCUUAAUGCCAGAGCAGCCCCUUCCGUCAAGCACAAAACAUACACUUCCUGUGCCAAAAGCUCGCUCUGGUUUCACCCAAAAAGAAACCGUGCAAACACACAUGCAGAUCUACGGCCGGGGUGGAUAAACCAUGGCUCUACAGAUGGUAUUGGACUUCAGUCCCAGCCCUCAAGGGUGUGUGGAAACAGCGAUGGUGUUGAUGAUAGAGUGUGAGAUCCUGGCAUCUGGGAUGAUUAAAAUGCCUCCCUGACAUGCUCCAGGCUGCGUUGCCUCAUUACCCAAGUUCCUUCUGGCUGGAGAUUCCCAGAUGUGGCCUCUUCUGUUGCUUGGAAUAAGUGCUGAGUCCUUGUUGCCGUUUUUCUCGGCCGUCUCCCACGUUCCUGAGCUGAAGCCGGGGUGAGGCUGUUCUUUACCUGGCUAAGUGAGGAGUGAACAAGGCAACCCAGCCCAAAUGGCACCGCCAACACCGCGCACCGGUGUUGCGCACCGGCGCUUUUGUGCGGUGAAACCGCAGGUCUGCAGCGGAGGCCGUACCCCAGCCCCACGGCUACGUUGGCCAGUGUGCACUGCUUCCUUUCUUACUUGUGUCAUAUCUUGGUUUUCCUGCCGUGUCCUUCCUUGCACGGAGCCAAAUUGGUUCCAGCUGCGCAAUCUGCUUUUGGUAAUUGGACCCAACAAGGACAUGUGCUGAUCACUUCAGGAUGUGAUGUGGAGUUUUUAAGGGGGGUCAUACAUGGAGGGUUGGGGGGACCGGGAACGACUUUGUAGAACUCCACACACACACACACACAGACAACACGCUAGAGCAGCGGUUCUCAACCUGUGGGUCGCGACCCCUUUGGGGGUCGAACGCAUACAUGCAGACAUAACAGGGCUCCCGCCGUGCGCACACACACAAACGCAGACCCACGCACCCUCUCAGAAGGCGGACGGGACACUCGUGGCGGCCAAGGGCUUGGGCCGAGCGGCCGCAAGAGCAAGUUGCGCAGAGGGCAGCCUGGCGAGCCGCCGCUGCGUUCGGAGCAAAGACGCCGCUUUCCAGCCCGCUCCUACGCAGCAGGGUAGGCCGGCGCGCUCAGCUCGGUAUAAGCUUGCAGGGGUCAAAUGCCUGGCCUAAGCGUACGGGUCUGCACCUCCAAAAGGAUAUUGCAGAGCUGGGGAAAGGAUCAAGGGAAUGGAGCGACUCCCCUAUGAGGAGAGUUUCCAACAUUUGGGGCUUUUUCACUUAGAAAAAAGGCGAGCAAAAGAUGGGUGUAUAAAACAUAGUUGCAUGAAAUUUAGAUAUGGUCUACAAAAGUUAUGCAUGGUGUGCCGAGAUUGGCUAAGGAACAUUUCCCUCCCUCUCUCAUAAUACAUGAACCCAGGGUUCAUGAAGCUCAGUGGUCUGAGUUUCAAGACUGACAAGGAAGUGCUUCUUCACACAACCCAUGGUGAAGAUAUGGAAAUUGCUACUAAAAGUUGUAGUGAUGUCCACCAACUUGGACAACUUUAAAAGGGGAUUAGACAAAUUCAUGCAAGAUAAAGCUAGCAAUGGCUACUAGUCAGGACAGCUAUAUAUUACUUUCAGUAUCGGAUCUGUAUACCAGUUUACCAGGGCACAUCAAUGAGAGGGUACUACUGCCCUCAUGUCCUUCCCAUUGGGGCAUCUGGUUGGCAUCUGUAGGAACAGAAUGCUGGAAUGGCCUUUGGUCUAUUCUAGCACAGCUCUAACCUUCAUAGUUUCUGCAACUGUAAAUACCUGAGUAUAAAGCCAGCAGUGGAGACAUCCUGCAUAUCAGAAAUUUACAUUACGAUUCAUAACAGUAGCAAAAUUACAGUUAUGAAGUAGCAAUGAAAAUAAUUUUAUGGUUGGGGGUCACGACAACAUGAGGAACUGUAUUAAAGGGUCGCGGCAUUAGGAAGGUUGAGAACCACUGCACUAGAGAAAAGGAACUGCAGGCCCCCCAUUUAGGGGUGAGGGUGAACUCAUCAUCUAGGAUGGAGCGAAAAAGGGAACUAUUUGGAAAAGGUUUGCUUUGCACCAGACAAGGCCUGCCUUAUUUCAGAUUUAAGGGACAGGUCUGCAAGGAAUAUUGUAGUAUUUAUGUGUGUGGAAGGUGUGUGUGGGAGGAAUACAGCAUCUGUUUGGCUUGUUCUUUCUUGUCAUCUCUCCUCAUUUUGGGAUGUUUGUAAUUUUGAAAUAAAGAAAGCUUUUAUUGGGUUUUAAA